ACAGUGACAAGUGACAGCGUGUCAUUAGGCAUCAAAGUUUCUCUUUCUCAAGAUAAAGUGAUAAAGUGAAAUUGGUUUUACGUUUUAAAGUUUCACAAUCUCAUUUUGGAAAUAUUGUAUUUGUAUUUGAUUUUAAAAUCGUCUUGAUAUUAAGACAUAUUUGAGUGCAAGUUUGUGAUCAUAUAGUAUUGGGAUUAACACAGUAUCUACGGUUGAAAGGCAAACAUGCCUAAACAUUUUAAUCGCAAUAGACCACUUGCUUGGAGUAAUAAUAAUGUUUUUAUAGAACAACGCAGUAAUAGUGAUAGAGAUAGAGAUAGAAGAGUCACAUUUAAAAAUAAUAGGGAUAGACCAGAUAGAAGAGACAAAGACUGGAGCAAUGCAAUACGUGCUCAUUUAGAAGAUGAGGAUAUUGAUAUGGGAAUUGGUCCAGGUUCGAGCAAGAAUGUCAGAUUUAAUAAGAACAAAAAUCGUGGUGGAGGUGGUGGUAGAGGAAGACAAGGUUCCCCAGCUCCAAUACAAAAAAGAAAAUUAUUGGAAGGACCCUCCAGUUGGUAUAAAGUUACGCUACCUCAUGGUGAUAAAUAUGACAAGACUUUUAUUUUGAAAACUUUACUGGACAAAUUAGCUCCAACACCAUUUUGGCCCAUAUCGUGGCAAGUUUAUGGAACCCAGGUAAACUUUUAUGUAGAUGAUUUUAAAGCUGCCCAAAAGCUUAACAACCUCGAUAGACAAAUUCAGUUACCCAAUGGUUUUAAACUACUUAUUAGAGUCUUUGCUGGUACUCCUAAUGUGGAAAUGACUGACUCGCUCAAAGAAAAAAUAAAAUUGACUAUGGCCAAAAGAUAUAAUGCUCCUACUAAGGCUUUAGAUUUGACGAAAUUCCAUGCAGAUCCAGAUUUACAGAAUUACUUCUGUGCUUUAUUUAAACCAAUAGUAUUUUUGGCUGUUAUUGAAAUCAUUGCUGAAAAUAUACCAGAUCUAGAAGCACUUAAUUUGUAUGAUAAUAAAAUUCAAUUAUUAAACUUUUUAAAGAAAUUAGACAAGAAGAUUCCAAAUUUGAAGAUACUUCACAUUGGAAACAAUAAGAUUAGAGAUAUUACCGAAUUAGAUGCAUUCCAAGGACUACCAGUUGUUGAUUUGCUGUUGGAUGGCAAUCCAGUUUGUGACAAAUUUAAAGAUAAACCAACUUAUAUCAGUGAAGUAAGAAAGCGGUUUCCAAAGUGCAUGAAGUUGGAUGGUGUAGAUCUGCCCCCACCAAUUAGCUUCGACAUUGCGGAAGAGCAACCGUUACCACCUUGCCAACAGACGUUCUUAUGUAAUGGUGAUGGAGGAUCCAUAGUGCGACAGUUUCUCGAGCUGUAUUUCGUAAUAUAUGAUUCAGAUAAUAGGCAGUCCCUUCUUCAGGCAUAUCACGAAAAAGCCACAUUUUCAAUGACAAUGGCCUACCCGUACGGCUAUUCCAAAGACAGUAAAGGAGUAUCGUGGUUGAAUUGGUAUGCCACCGAUAAUAGAAAUUUAUUACGAGUUCAAGAUCCAGACAGAAGAAACAAGUUGUUAAGACAGGGACAAGUUGCUGUAGUUUCGUUCUUGCAAGAUAUGCCGCACACGAAGCACGAUAUUCACAGUUUUACAGUAGAUUUGACAGUUUUUACACCCCAGAUGUUAUGUUUGACAGUGGCUGGUAUGUUUAAAGAAUUGAAAAGUGGCCACAAAGUACCUCCUUUAAGAUAUUUCUUCAGAACCCUUGUAAUUGUACCUGCUGGAUCAGGUUUUUGCAUAGCAAAUGAAGAACUUCACAUAUCCAAUGCAACUCCGGACCAAGCAAAAGAUGCUUUCAAGACCACCGUUAAUGUAGCUCCGGCACCAGCCCCUGUGAUUACCUCUCCUGGACCCAGUAUACCACAACCCGCUGUGCCAGAUGAUGCUACAAAACAAGAAAUGGUAAAACAGAUGUCCGCAGUAUCCGGAAUGAAUCUCGAGUGGUCGCUACAGUGUCUCGAAGAAACACAAUGGGACUACCAGAAAGCCAUAAUGGUAUUCCAAAAUUUAAACGCACAAGGUGUUGUACCACAAGCAGCAUUUAUUAAAUGAUACGAAGAUUAUGUUAACUUUGGUUAAUUAAUUGACAGUUAGUUAUAUCUUGGCAAAUGUAAAUAGUAUCUUAAAUUAUAGCUAAUUUUUAGUUUUAUUAUUGUUUAAGGUAAUGUUAGUUUAAGAUGUCGAAUUUUAAGUUUGUUACAUACGAAAAUCAAAUCGAAAAAAUGUUAAUAGUCCCUUAGAAAUACCGGUAGCCCUUAUCUUAGAAGAAAGGUGGUAGAUUUUAAAUAAAAACUGGGUUACUUCACAAAAAAAUGUCUAUUUUAAUUAGUUGAUCUCGAUAACUUAAUAUGAUUAUAUAAAUACUGGCCUAACCUAACAAAUCGGACUGAAACUUUUAAUAUUACCUAAACAAGCAAGAUCCAUUUAGACUAAAGUUUGAAGUUUUGGAAUUGUAUUGAAAUUUGAACAUUACAUAAACGGUUAAUUUUAUAUGAGAACUUCUUAGACAAUAAUACUAAUUAACUAUUUUCAAUGGGAAAUAAGCCACAAUUUUACCAAAAAAAUGAUUUUAUUAACGUUUCGACGCCCAAGUCGGGUGUCGUUGUCAAAAUACAAAAUAAUACUAAAUUAAACAAAAAUGUUGUUGCUUAGUAAAAAAUUCUUCUAAUAAUUUAUUAAUUCUGACUCAUUUAUAUCGGCAAUUCAGACAUGUAUUAUACAUUUUAAAGUAGAAGACUUUAAAAUGAUAUUGCCAAUAUUGAUGAGUUGCGUUCCUGGGACGACUUUACUAAAAGAUAGUUCAUUUGAUUACAUGAAAUCAACUCAACUCAAGAAUAUCCGCCACAAAAAAUCAUAGCAUGUGAUCUGUCUUUAAAAAGACAACCAAAUGCAACGGUGGCAGUAAAAUUCUCGCGCUAGAGACUCCAUAGUAAAUCACUAGAGGGAAAACCAGGAAAAACCUCGUGAUACUAUCCCGACAUCGUAAGUAUUUGGGCUUACAUUUAGUUUACUCUCAAAUCUAAUAUCAAAUUCCGACUUCAAUAUAUAUAUGCUAUUUUAAAUUAUAAAUAAUAUUAAUAAUACAUAUACAUAUAUUAUAUACAUAAUACUAAAAUAUGUACUCGUUAACUCGAUAUGUUACUGACCCUGGUAUAAUCCUGGUAUUUUCUUUCUAUUGACUACCUCUUUUAGUAUGGGUAACCACAUCCUACUGCAUCCUACCGAGGAAUUUGCUACACAAUUGGUUUCAUUUAGCAUAAUUAGAGCCGCUUCUUUGAUUUUUCUCUUUACUAUCUGUUUCUUUCAGGACUAUACUUGAAUCUCUCCACUGAACUGUUCAUUAUCCGAUGCGUGUUGACAUAUUUGAGAUCUAUAAAAUUCUCUAUUUUUAAUAUAAGACUGAUGUUCACAUUCACAAGGUAUUUUAUAAAUACAAUUCUUUGUUCUUUCUUGUUCAUUGUUAGGUUUAGUUUUAGAUAGAAUAGACCUCAAUGUGUUUGUUGUUUUGAAUGUUGAAUUUAUUUCCUAUUAUUUUAAGUUUCUCGGAUAGUCCUUUUAUAUAUGGUAUUGGUAUUUUCCUCGUAUUAUUUCUUGCGGAUGUUAUAGGAUCCCGUUCUACGUUGUUCUGUUCUAUUCGAUCCAAUGUUGACAAUUCCUUAUUUAUAAACGAUAAAGGAUAAUCAUUUUUUAAUAAAACAGAUGUUAACAAUUGUUUUCUUCUAACAAUGAAUUUUCGCUAGAACAAGUAAUUUUGGCUCUAUCAUAUAAAGAUUUAAUGAUUCCCUUUUUAACGUUGAUGUUGUGAUUUGAUUUGUAAUUGAGAUAUCUGUUGGUGUGUUGGUUUUCUAUUAUAGUAUUCUGUAUAAUACACUUGAGUCUCAUAUCCAGUAUCCUUCUUUGAGACUAAAACAUCGAGGAAAGGCAGAGUGUUGUUAUAUUCCUUUUCCAUUGUAAAUUUUAUUGUCUCUUCUUGAUAAUUUUUUUGGUAAAAUUGUGGCUUAUUUCCCAUUAAAAAAAAUAUGUGACUUUAUCUACUACUUAUUUCCAAAUGUUCGUUUUUUUUCUUUAAAUUGGUGUUAUAUUUCAUCAUUUUUGUUUUUUUUUUUUGCCUUUUAGAGUUCAAUUUUAUCCUCGUAUUUGUAACAUACCUCUAGUACACACUACCAGAAGAGUGUUGUUCCCUUGUUGUAAGUUGUUAAUGCAAUAAUUGAUUUUCACAUUUCUAAUUUCAUUGAUAACUUCUCUGAACAGCAUUUUCGAGUAGAUAUUGAAUAAUCUUGGUAAUAAAAAUAGCCUUAAACAACUCUUCGUUUUAUUGUAAACUGUUUCGAGGUGUUGUUGCCUACUCGUUUUCAUAUUUUGUAUCUAACUAAACUAUGUUUCCUAUUUUUGAUGUUGCACACUGUCGAAUGCCUUUUUGAAAUCAAUGGAGCUUGUAAAGACUUUCCAAUUAACGUCCCUAUUUCUUUGUAUCAAAAUUUGUAUAGGGAAUAACGGUUUUGGUGUUCCAAAUCUUUUUCUAAAGCCAAAUUGAACAUCGAUAAUGUUUCCUCGAGUUUCCUUCUACAUAAGCGAUAAUGAAUAAUGCAAGAAUGAUUUAAAAUAUGUGGUUUAUACUAUUAUGAUUCUAUAAUCGGAAUAUUUGCUGGUGCUUUGCUGUCUUUUUUACAAAGAAGAAUGAAGGCUACAACCAGUCAGUCACGAGCACAUUACCAGUUUCAUAAAUUUUACUAAGUAAAUUUUUAAGAGUAUAAGUUGGUCAUCUUCAAAUAGUUUUAGUCUUAUCUACAUUUUUUCGAUUUAAAAGCUGUGUUAUAAAGAAUAAUUUGAACUAUUUUUAAUAUGUGUACUUUAUUAUUUUUAUAUCUAGGUCAUGUUUCACUUAAGUUAUUAUAUUAUUGUCCAAGUUGCUGUAUUUUCGUUAGUAGAGUUAUCUUCAUAUUGUUUUUAAAACAUCUGAUGUUAAAAAAAUAAAUUUGAUAAUUACAUAAGACUUUGCAGUAUUUGUGAAAAUAUAAAAGUAAUUGUUUAAAAAAUUUGAUAUUUUGGUACAAAUGAUACUUUGAUGUUGUUAUUCUCUGGGUUCGCUUAAGGAGUUACAUAGGUCUUAAAGAAAAAAAUUUUUUUUUUCAAAUAAUCGUAUUUUAAAAAUCAAAAAAUCUACUUUAAGUAUUUAAAAUUUACACACAAAAAAGUUAAGCAUUUGAAUAAGUUUAAUAAAAAUCGUCCAGCCUUUCUUGCGGUAGGCAAAAUAUUUCGAUGCAGGUUCAUCUAAAAUCAAAAAUUCGAAAACUUUCUUUUAGCUUAUGCCCUUGGCCCGUGCUUGAACGAAGGAAUAAAAAAAAUGGAAUUUAAAAAUAUUGUUAUGAAGCUAUUUUCUUCUGAAUAAGCCACAAUUUUAGUUUGAAAUUAAGUUUAUUGGACGUUUUUAACGAAGUACAAAUUAAAUUUUCAGAAGAACUUAAUUUUAAUUUAAAAUUUUGGCUUAUUCCCAAUUAAAAUAUUAAAGUAAAAUUUAAAGUUUUUAAAUACAUAAGUUUAAAUUUAUUUUUGUCUCAUAUUUUUUAGCAUUUUUCCGAUUUUCAUCGUUUUUAAAACAUUUUUUCGUAUAAAACAAGAACGAGUCUACCGAUUGCAAAGUCUUUUGUUCAAUCACGAAACCAUACUAUGGGGCUUUUCAUCGAUUGUCAUUUGUUUCGAGCUUCUGUCAUGUGUCACAUAAUAUUAAUAUAUCUACGCCAUACGUCUUUGGUUUGUAUCAUUGUUAUAUACCAAUAACGUAUGGCGUAGAUAGUAUAUUAAUAUUAUGUGACACAUGACAGAAGCUCGAAACAAAUGACUGUGAAUGAAAAGCCCUAUAAAGAGUAACUGUAUAAUGUUUCAGCGAAAUCGGUUGAUUCGUUCUACCGCACGGAAAAACAGUUUCGAUAAAAGCGCAUUGAAAGUUGCUGAUUUACGCGGUAGAACCGCACCACAUUCGUAUAGUAGUCAAAUCUCUAUAACUCUGGUGAUAUUGCUCGAAUUUACUUCAAAUUUCGUGUGAAUACUCUUGAAGUACUAUACUUUCAAAUGGAUUUAUUCGAUAUUUUGAAAAUAAUAGACCUAUGUAACCUCUUAAAACAUCUUAUACUGCAGUUCAAACUAAAAGAAGUUUUUGAGUAAUAAUAAAAAUUAUAGGGUGGUUCAAUAGCAUUUUACAGUUAAAUACACAAAAGCUUGGUUCAAGAAGUUGUUUAAAAUAUUUAAUGCACCAAUACUAAUACUCAGUUGAUUUCUUGCGCGGUAUGCGCAAUUGAAUAUUAAUUAAUAAUUCUUUCCAGUUCGAUCAACUUCAAUUGAAUGUUUUUUUUAACUUUGAAGUUCACUCCUUUGUGAAUGCAAUAAUUUUUUUGGGAGAAACACCAAGACCACUAAGUGUCAGGAUAUAUGAGCAUGAAAUAUACAUAAAAACAGAUUUUAAGAAAUCACAGAUAUGCAAACAUUAUUGUUGCCCAAAUGCAAGACCAAAACCAGACUUGGACAGUCUUGGUCUUGCGCCAGUACAUCUGGUCUUGGUAUUGCGCUCACGGUCUUGGUCUUGCAAGUCUCGCAGUUGCCUAUUGCAUACCUUUGAACAACGUAACAGAGAGGUACAUUUUAAGCUUGAAUAUCAUAGCCACAGUAAAGACCAGCCAAAUUAAUAAAUAUCUAGACCAACGGUUCUCAAUCUGUGGUGCAUGUACCACUAGUGGUAUAUAUCAUUAUUUGCGGUGGUACACAAAACGCAAAAACAGCCAAAAUCAGCACCACAAUUAUUAUAGUUAAUUAGAUUACCUAGCUAGAUAGCUAUUUCAGUUAGGUGGUAACAAAAAUAAUACAAAGUAUUUUGUGGUACAUGACUCAAAAAGGUUGAGAAUUACUGAUCUAGACAACUUACACCGGGUGGGGUUUGAACCCACGAUCUAAGUGAUCCGUGCCUAUGUUCUAACUAACUAAAGUUUAUUAGAAACUUAUGUAUUUUAUUAUCCAAUAUAAGCGAAUGAAUAAAAAAACAUAGUGUUAGAAAAUAUGAGGCUAUCGUUUUAAUUUCAGUAUUUUAUAAAUGCUAGAAUAUUCCACAGAGUGAUGCUAGCUCUGAGAAAAACACAGUUUGAUUGGUACAAUGACAAUAAUUGACCAAUUUUCAGCAACAAUAUUAUUACUAAAAGUAAGACAACAUAAUAUUAAAAAAAUCACUUAAAUCCGACUUAGGAAAUUCGAGACAUGUUAAGGUGGUGCGUAAAUUUUUUGGAGAAGUGUAUACCGUUAUUAAAUCAUAUUAUGUAUUUUGUUUAUACGCUAUCCGGCAUUAUCUGUUCUUUUGUCUCGUUAUCAUACUUUUAAAUAUUAGCCGCGCUGUUUCGGCAAAUUUUGUUUAACCGAGUGGUCUCAGCACAUUCAGCAAAAACAAUACAUAAUAGUCUUACUAUUCUAUAUAGUAUACCGAUAAGAUUUGUGGUGGUUAAAUUCCUAGAAAACUAAUAAUGAAAAAAAUUAAUUACUUAUUAGGUAUAUUUUUUAUCAGCUAAGGUGACAUAUUUUUAAAAAGUUUGGAUACGAUAUUCGAUAUUACUAUCGGCGUCACAAAGCAAGAAUGUUAUGAUUAGAAGGUGACUAUUUUCAUAACCCGGACAAUUAAUUUCAGAGAAGUCGUUUGCUGGGAAGAAUGUACAAAAUAUUUUAUUUUUGCAUUGUAAUAAUGACCUCUGAGUACGUGUCAAGUGUUCUUUAAAUGGAUAUUUUGAUUCGCUAUGUAUGUUUAUGGUAUUGUUCGUAAUGAGCAUAAGUCCAAUUUUCAAAAAAAAAUUUCAAAUGUUUUUUUUGUUUCCCAUAAUAGAGUAUCUAAGAAUAUAGCCGAACUAAUAUACUCCCUAAAACGACCCUCAGUUCUAACUGCAAGACGCAAGUGUCUCGCAGGCUUAGUCUUGUUCUUGCUCAAGUCUUGCACGGUAAGUCUUGGUCUUGCUAAAAGGCGGUUUGGUCUUGCGAAAACGCAAGAACAAGACCAAGACCGAUUUUGGGCAACACUAGCAAACAUGCCUGGUACAAUGAGCAGCGAGUGCAAUGGAAAUAUGCAUCAGUUAUGAAGGACACAAACAUGAAAAAGAGAAAAAUUAAAGAAGCUGCUCUCAUAUUACUUAAUGCAGAAAAAUGUGUAGUAAAUCCAUCAGCAGAAUUUAAGUUGCCUGUACUAAAAGAAGAAGUCGGCAACAAGAAUAUAAUAAUCCAACAGUAGUGGAUUUAUACUGCACGUUUUUUGUAAAAAUUUGAAAUAACCCACAUUGAACGUGAUAUAAAAUUUCCAAUGCGGAAAUUUAAUUCCCAUUUAACAAUUGCAAAAUCAAUAUCUCUGAUGAUAUCAUAACUUCUUCAAAAAAAUCAGUAACUAAUCCAGUUCCCUAUUUUCAGUAUUAUAACCUUAUCAUUUUUUUUCUUCUCUCAUGUCGAGAAAUAAAAAUCUCUGUUAAGAAAUAUACAUUCAAAAACUUCUUUUACUUCUAUAAUGUUAACGUAUGGACCAAAGGUAAAUAUAUUGAACACAUCUACAUCUAUUUUUGGUCUAUAGCAACUCAGAAAUUGUUAUAAGAAUAAAAAAUGGAAAAAGUGAACUUUUUAAAAAUAAUCUUUAUACAUUCAACAUAGAAAAGAUAUUUUUACAAUUCUUCAAUCACCUAGAUUUAGAUAUCUUUUAAAAAAAUUAUUUUGUAUUUUUUAUUUUUCAAGUUUAAAUCAUAUUCAAAACAUUGUAAAUAGUUCGAUUCAUAAUAAAAGUCUAUGGAAAAGAAAAUUAACUAGUUUUGCUCUGAUAAAAAAUAUGUAUAUAAAGUCUUGUAAUAAAUGUAGAAAAGUUUUA